AGACCUAGACAAAUAGGGUAAUUAUUGUUUGUGUUCUAUUCUUAGUUUCUUGUGUUCCAAUAUCGAACAGUCGGCGGCACGGCUUCACUUAAAAUUUAGAAACCGACGUUGAAGACGGCGAAUGGGGAGAACAAUAUUUUGGGGAUCAUUGAACUUCAUUGUAGGGAUUUUUUAAUGGUUUCACGAUGCCACGGCGCGCAAUUGAAGUAGCACAGGUUCCUGUACAUCCUAAAAAGAAGACCAAAUUGUCUGACGAGCUUUCACCUAGUCUGGACGUGAGUUUCUGCGACGACGAAGCCCUACCUCCGGGAAUCGUCUUUUGUGAUGUGCUCCAAAAGAAAUGGCGCAUCGGAAAGCCUAUAGGUAGAGGUAGUUUCGGUCGUAUCUAUCUUGCGUCUGAUGAUGUAGAAAAGGAAGUCACCAAAUCUAACGCCAGAUAUGUGGUUAAGAUCGAACCCCACACCAAUGGACCGCUUUUUGUUGAAGUACAUUGCCUCAUCAGAACCGCUCAGGUUGAAAAAGUGAAAUCUUGGCGUCAACAAAAUAAGCUGAAGCACUUAGGCAUGCCCAUUUAUAUAUCUAGUGGCUCCUUUACUGAUGAAAACAGUGGUACCAGAUAUCGCUUCCUCGUCCUUCCACGCUAUGACAUUGAUUUACAAAAGGUCAUCGCGAGAACUAAAAUACUUGACCUUAAAAAUGUCCUUGUAUUAGCUAUUCAGAUUUUAGAUGUCCUCGAAUAUCUUCACGAACAAGGUUACACACAUUCUGAUAUCAAAAGCUCUAAUCUCAUGCUCGGAUUUGAUGGAGGAAAAGUGAACAAAUUUCCCUUGCUGAAACCUACACCAUCAUUCCAAAAAGAAACUAAAGAAGUUGGUGUUUUGUCUGGAAAACACAGAAAGGCCAAGACUGGAAAAUCUAGAACCUCAAACUACUAUGACGAUGAGGAUUUCAUAAUUAACGAGAAGUCUGCAAAUAAUUCCGAAGACGAAGAUAAUAAUGUAAAACUCGCAAAUGUGAAGAAGAAAUUGAGAAAAAUUCUGUCUGACAAAGACAGCAGGACUCUGCAUAGGCACCACGCCUUUAACCUGCGACAACUUUCUAAUUAUGUCAACUAUGAAGACUUGAACAGCUCCGUUUGUUCCGACCAAUCUUAUCAGAAACUUGUUGAUGAUUUUGGGCAUAAGAAUCUGAUUCGUACUUCCGAAGAGUUUAUUCAAGACGUCAAAAAGAAAGCUAAGUGUGAAUCCGAGAUUAAUUUGGACCAAAUUCACAAAGAAGCAGUGUUGUCACAAUCAAAUGGGCAGAUUUACCUGCUGGACUAUGGAUUAGCUUCAAAGUUUUUGGACUCAGAAGGGAACCACAAAGAUUUUGGAAUGGACGCUCGCAAAGCACACGACGGAACGUUAGAAUACAGCUCUAGAGAUUCGCACAUUGGGGCCCAUUCAAGACGAUCGGACUUGGAAACUCUUGGAUACAAUUUACUGGACUGGCUGACAGGUUCUUUACCUUGGAAAACAUCAGAAGUUCUCGCCGAGCCGGACUUAGUUCACGCCUUAAAGAAAAACUUCAUGAGUGAUAUCAAAUCCUUCCUAAAAACUUGUUUCAAGACUGAGUUUUAUCCACAAUUCAUGGAGAAAUACCUUGAAUACGUCACAAGUCUGGAAUUUACGGACAAACCUGAUUAUGACUAUUGUAGAAGCUUAUUUAAAAGUGAGCUCCUCAAGAAUGGGUGUAGCAAGGAUUUGUGUCUGAAUUUCGCACAAACUUCUAUGUCUCCCACUAGUCGUAAAUUGUGCUACUCAAAGAGAUUCGGAAAAAAGAGCAGUCCUGCAGACUUUUUAGCCAGGAACGGCAUCAAAAAGGCUUAUGAAAGAGAAAAUGUGACGUCAUUCGAAAACGACUUAAAAUUGGAACUACUGAAACAAACAUUGAACUGUUCCAGUGAUGGAGUUAGAAAACCCUGCACUUCCAGAAAUUUCUUUGUUUCCGACGCGGAUUUAGUCGCCCGACUUAAAAAAUCUUUACUCCCACACGACAUUUUCGGCAAGAAACUGUCUCCAAAGAAUUUGCGUUCUAAACAAAAGCUCGUUAAGAAACGUCGUGGUGUAAAGAAACAUAGAAACAGCAUUGGAAAGUUUGGGAACUUCAUGGGAUCGGCAAGACAGUUUACUUGGGCGGAAAUAUUAGCUGGAAACCCAGAGGACAUUAUCCGCAAAGAAAGAAAUGCAAUUGUCAAUACUAAUAAUGAUGAAGACGAUGAUGAAGAAACAUGUAAAUAUCGAAUCAGGAAACUAUCAAGUUCCUCGGACGGUAGCGAAUCUAACCCCCAAUCUCCGUUACUUCACAAGGAUUACUUAUUAGACAUGAACCCCACAUAUGCUAUGAAAGAGGUGAUAGCUAAUCUAAAGAAGAAGCUCAGCGGGAAAAAUCCUAAAGAUUGGGAAGAUUCCACAGAAGGCUUGGAAGGAUAUACACCAGCCAUGGUCAAAGUUCAUAGAAUGAAAGAAAAACGGGAAGCCCGAGAAAAAGCUGAAGCAAUAAAACAACACACUCUUAAGAAGGAAGUCGUUGUAGUUCUUCCGCGAUUUACCAGAUCUAAUAAAAAAGGGAAGAAGGAAUUCAAAAAAACUAGACAGAAAACAUAUAGUACCAGCAGUGAGGACGAACCGGAAAAGAAAAUCGAAAGAUCUAGAACGACUAGGUCCAAAACUUCUAGUGACGAAAGCACUGACGAAGAGACACCGAAAGUCAAAGUUUCUAAGAAAAUUAAACAGAACUCUGACAAUGAACGGGAUAAAAAUAUCAAAAACUCCAUGAAAGUGACAAAGACGAGACAAAAGAAUUCGACAGACAUUGAUGUUGACAAAAUUGAAGUAACUGAUAAAAAACCUAAUAAAAGAUCAACAAGAUCUAAAAAACUGGCAGGCGCGAAGAAAGUUGAGACUGAAAUUUUGGAAAAAAGUACUAGAUCAAAGUCUAAGAGUGCUGUCAAUAUUGCGAGCACUAAAGAAGAGCUUCCAAGUAAGCCAGUUACUGUAACAUGCAGAAAAUCAACACCGAGAACAAGGCAAUCUGCACCAAUCCUAACUAAUAGAAGGAGGUUGCGAAGCAGCAAGCGUAAAAGGGAAUAAAUUUUUAAACUCGUCAGUCAUGAUAGGCAACUUCAGAUAUUAUUAUUUCAUUUCAAUGGAAUUAAUUGAACAAGUGACGAUUUAAAAACAUAAAGUACCCUUUGAAAACCAUCUUGCUGAAUUACUGAUUUAUAUGAGCCUAUUGAUUAUAAAUCUUUGAAUGCCUCCUCGCAUAUCUUCCAGUAAGUUGCCUAUAUCGACUUACCUCGAAAUAUUUUAAAAUUUCUUUUCAGUCCAAAUAUGGACGAAGCGUAUUAGUUAUAAGCUCAGGGAAUACAAUAUUGUAAUCCAAUUUUUUAUGUUUCUAUAUUGUGAAUUAGUUUUCAUCAAUUUAAUACUAGUACGACCCACCAUUGUUUUUAAUUAGUCAAAAGGGUCAUUGAUGAUUUAGGUCAUCCGCAGGUCAUAUCAUUAACAUCGAAGUCGCACAUUUUGUGCAACUCCUCUUCUACCACCAGAACUAUCAAACAUAGACAAACAGUUCCUACUGCGAUAUUGAAGUAUAUGAACACACCAAUUUAUAAAGUCUUUAAACAACGAAAUCUAAUAUCACAAUAUUGGUUUCUCCCUUCUACAUUGGACUAAAACUGUGACAUAGUACAUGAAUGACCGCAAAAACAUGUCUGUGAUUUUAUUUGAUUGACAAAUUGAUAAGACAAAUAACUAUUCUAUCUAAAUCUUAUUUCAAAAUGUAGACAUCACAUUUUUCUCUUUAUGAGAUUGAUUUGGAUCUAUUUUUAAUGCGCCGGGUGUUCUCCUGUACUCUUUUUGGCCAUUAAU